CUAGACAUCUCAGGCAAUUGCGCUGAACCUACAACGCCAUUUCAUUCAGAUAAUUUUUUGAUGUCACUUAGUUAUCCACGCAAUUGACUAAGUCUUAAGAACCGAUCUAAGUUCUCUAAAGUCCAAACUAACCAUCUCUUUUAAUCCUUCUUGAUCUCAAGUAUCUACCCUCCUACCAUGGCUGAUGCACUUGUUUCUGCAGUUUCACAACAAUUAACUGCGAUUCUUUUCCAAGAAGCUGAAUAUGGGGUGAGACUUUUUGUAGGUAUUAAGGAAGAAGAAGUCAAAAGGCUCAGCAGCACUCUUCAGACUAUUCGAGCUGUCCUCGCAGAUGCAGAGAAAAGACAACUAAAGGAGCAAGCUGUCAAAGUUUGGCUGGAUAAGUUUCAGAACGUGUCUUAUGACAUUGAGGAUGUGUUGGGUGAGUGGGAAAUUGCAAUUCUGAAAAUGAAAAUCGCUAGAGAUCAAAGCUCUUCAACUUCCAUCCUUCUAAGCAAGGUACGCUCUUGGAUUCACUCUCCAAUCCCUUGUAUUACUCGGGCCAUUCACCGUUAUGAUAUUGCUGUUAAGAUUAAAAAACUAAAUGAAAGGCUUCAGGUCAUUGCCAAAGAGAAAGACGAUUAUGCUUUCACAGUCGAUCAAAGUAGGAGGCAUGAUUUAGAACCUGAACGAGAACGACCAAUAACAACAUCCUUUAUUGAUGUAUCUGACAUACGUGGUCGUGACCGUGAUAAAAAUGUCCUAGUAAGCAUGUUGCUCAGCAAGAACAACCAUGAAGAAAGGGGCAUCCCUGUAAUUUCCUUAGUGGGGAUGGGAGGAAUUGGGAAAACAACUUUAGCCCAAAUAGCGUACAACGAUCAUAAGGUGAAGGCUUAUUUUGAUAAGAGAAUAUGGGUAUGUGUCUCUAAUCCUUUUGAUGAGAUGAGGACUGCAAAAGCUAUUCUUGAAGCUCUAACAGGAGUUGUGUCAAAUUUCACUGAGCUAAAUACUUUACUAGAGCAAAUCCAUGAAUCUAUUAAGGGAGAGAGGUUCCUGCUUGUCUUAGAUGAUCUGUGGAGUGAAGAUGAGAGGAAGUGGCAAUCAUUGAAAUACUCUCUAAACUAUGGUUCCCAAGAAAGCAAAAUCUUGAUGACCACACGUAAGGAGAAUGUAGCUACUAUCAUGGGUUGCAGCAAAUUAUUUCGUUUGGGGAAGUUAUCCAAAGAAGAAUCUUGGUCAUUAUUUAGUCACUUGGCAUUUUUUGGAAGGAAUGACAAAGAGCGUGAGAGUUUAGAAGACAUUGGUAAGAAAAUUGCGCAGAAGUGUCAGGGUUUGCCACUUGCAGCAAAAACUCUUGGAGGUCUCUUACGUUUUAAGAGAUCUAGAGAACAAUGGCAAAGAAUGUUGAGCAGUCGCAUAUGGGAACUUGAGGAGGCUGAAAAUGGUCUUUUUUCUCCCUUACUGUUAAGCUAUUAUGAUUUGCCAUCGCCAUUAAGGCAAUGCUUCUCAUACUGUUCCAUUUUUCCAAAAGAUUAUAGAAUAGAGAAAGAUUUCUUGAUCAAGUCAUGGAUGGCUCAAGGCUUUCUUGGAGAGACGCAACAUAAAGAUAUGGAGAUCAUUGGUGAAGAGUACUUUGAUAACUUAGUAAUACAUUCUUUCUUUCAAGAGUUUGUGAAGGAUGAAAAUGACGAUUGCAUAAUCAGCUGCAAAAUGCAUGAUAUUGUGCAUGAUUUUGCUCAAUAUUUGAGAAGAAACAAAAGCUUUCUGGUAGCAAGUAACAAUAUUGAAGAGUUAGAUAUAGAGUCUUAUCAGGAAAAUGCCCGUCAUCUAACCCUAAUUCAUGAUGAACCUGUUGCAAUUCCCGAUCCCAUUUUUAAUGUGAAGAAGUUGCGUAGCCUGCAUCUUAACUUAAACGAUAGUUCAGCUGUUAGUGCAUCAUUGGCUAAAUUGUUGGAUCAGUUGACUUGUCUGAGGAUACUAAGCUUUAAAGACAUGAACUUUGGAUUCAAAACUUCAAUUAACGCAAUUCCAAAGGAAAUAGGAAAGUUGAUGCAUUUGAGAUAUCUCAACUUAGAGGGUAAUAGUGAGUUGGAAAAAUUGCCUGAGACGGUGUGUGAUUUGUGCAACUUGCAAACGCUGAACAUCAAAUCAUGUAAAAAUCUUAUCAAAUUGCCCCAUAGAAUUGGAAAGCUAAUCAACUUGAGACAUGUUCAAAAUGUAGGUACAGAUAGAUGCAGAUUCAUGCCAAAAGGAAUGCAAAGAUUGACAUCUCUACGGACAUUAGAAGAGUUUGUUGUGAGCCGCAGUGAUGUUGAAAGUAAAUCAUGUAGCCUUGAAGAUUUGGGAAACUUCACCCAUCUUCGAGGGGAGCUUGAGAUAAGAGGAUUGGGAAAUGUGGCAGAACCAAGGGAGGCAAAGAAAGCAGGGCUUCGGACAAAGAGUGGCCUCCGCGUGUUACGUCUAAAAUUUGAUUCCCAAGAGAUGCAACGGAUCAACAUUGAGGAUGAAAAUGUUGUAUUUGAAGCCUUGCAACCACCUCCACACCUGGAAAGUUUGGGUAUACUCAACUGUAGAGGUCCUGUUGCUUUCCCUAAUUGGAUGACUUCAUUGUCAAUGUUGAAGAGGGUUCAAUUACAGAAUUGUCUCAACUGGGAAAGCUUGCCUCCCAUGGGGAAGUUGCAGUCCCUUGAAUCUCUAGAGAUAGAGUUUUUGAAUAAAGUGAAAAAAGUGGGAGACGAAAUUUUGGGAGUAGAAAGAGGAGAGGGACAAUCAUCUUCUUCAUCAUCUAAUAAUAAUAAUAAUAAUAUUGCCUUCCCCGUAUUGAAAAGUCUAAAAUUUUAUUACAUGAAAGAGUGGGAAGACUGGGAAUAUGGGAAUCUGUUGACAAGCACAAGCGAAGUAAUUAUGCCUCAUCUUCGUUCAUUAACAAUAAACUAUUGUCUGAAGUUGAAGGCGUUGCCGGGCCACCUGCUUCAUAAUACAACGCUGCAAGAAUUGCAUAUUAGAGGUUGCCCCGUUCUUGGGGCACGUUUUGAAAAGGGAAGAGGGGAGGAUUGGCCUUCCAUCUCCCACAUCCCUACUAUCCAAAUUGAUGAUGAAUUGGUGCUAGGAUAGGAUUUCUUAUGCUGUGGAUCAUACGUUUCGCAGAUGCAAUCUAUGCUCAGGGACCUGCACUGGAUUUCAAGGCAUCCAUUUCUCUCUAUCUCUAUGACUGAAGUGUUUCAUGAUUUGGAAAACUCAGAAAUAAGGGUUGUCACCGCCAAAAAAAGAAAAGAACUGUAUCUUGAUGUGUGUUCACUUCUUAGAUAUUGUGCUUGAAACUACUUGAUCCAUUGAGAGGAAAUACAGAUCAAUAUUAUCUGAAGAGAAGAUAUCUCAUCUAUCAUGUCAGCCUUCGCAGGCUCCAUCUUAUGAACUUCUUUUAUCUCAGUUGUAGAACCGGCUUUCUUCUUUUCUUCAAGGUGGUGCUUUUCAACAACGAAGGACCAAAUGUGUACCUAUGCUCUGUAAUUUCCUCAAUUUUUGUACAUUUCUUUCAUUUGGCUCUGCUGCUGAUUAAUGGGCUUUCAAUAAUUGCCAAGCACAAGUCCAAGAUAAAUGCAGCAAGCAUUGGCCUUAGACUUGUGAUUGAUUGAUGAAGCAGGGGACUGUCAAAUAAGUUAAGAAGGAAAAACUCUAUAUCUGAAGUCACUGCAAUCUUGCAAAUAACUCCAGAUCUUGGUACUCUUGCCUUGGAGAGAACAAUCAUUGUAUUAAACGUCAUAUCUCAAGGUAGAUAGUUGCAAUAUUCAAGCUGCUGCAUUCAGUACCAUUUGAGAUUUCAAUUACAGUCAGCAUGACCUUUUAAGUAUUUUCGAAGGAAGUUGCCACUCAGGCAGCAGUUACGCAGGUUUAGAAAUAUUAUCUGUUCUGAAGUAACUCUCUUGGGUGAUUUGUGGAGUAACUAAAAACAACACUAUAUAAACACCUGUGCAAACCUAUAGCUGCAUAUUUUUUUUCUUUGCAUAAAGCUUAUUUACUUCUUUAACAGAUCAUCUCAUAGCAAGCUGCUACUCAAAUGUACAGUGGAAUAGUUUAUCACCUCAUGGAGAACCUUCUUUCCCUGGACAUGCAUGGAACAUCCAACUCUUUCCCAGGGGUUAUGCUUAGCACCAAUAACAUUGAAGAAGUGCGAGGACCAACGGUCCACAAGGACUUUCAGUUACUGAGAAGUGAUGGUUGGGUACUCCUUGCUUGGAAUGCAAAAUGAAACUAAUUCAGUUUCAAUCUGUACACCAACCAUUAUCUUUAAGACCAAUGAAAUUAGGGUUUGAGGUGAAUUUGUUGAGGAUGUACAGGAUUUGUAUGUUAUGGAACUUCUGAGAUGGCCUAAGGGCAUUGUGGGAGAAUUUGUACUGGUAUGCCCCUAUUAACUUUUGUAAGGGGCAUAGCCUUGCAAAAUCCUUGUAAAAAGGUGAACGGUUGUUCCCUAUUAUGAUUAAUGCAUUGUGAAAUUUCAAAAAAAUCUUCUAAGACCAAUGAAGAUGAAGUUCUCUUAAGGUGACAAAAGCAAACCCUAAUCACCUUUAGAGGCUUGACAACUUAAAGUUUGUAACAACUUA